AUGCAAAGGUGUACACAGAGAAAGGCCCACCGCAGGUGAAGUGGCUGGCUGACUGUUACCACGCCGGGAAGUCCGCCGCUCAGCGUCGGCAGAUCCAGAAACGCUUCAUGUCGGGAGAGCUGCGUAUCGUCGUGGCAACGGUCGCGUUCGGCAUGGGGCUGGACAAGUCCGACGUGCGGGCCAUCAUCCACUACAACAUGCCAAAGAGCUUUGAGAACUACGUUCAGGAGAUCGGGAGGGCGGGGAGGGAUGGGAAGCCCUCACACUGUCAUCUCUUCCUCAACGCUGAUGGUUCGGACCUGUGUGAGUUGCGGCGCCACACCUACGGCAACUCAGUUGACAGGACGACAGUGAAGAAACUGCUGAGGAAAGUUUUCCCGCGCUGCCGGUGUCGCGAGAAGUUACGGCAGCAACGGGAACGAGAGAGAGCUGCACAGGUGCAGGAACCAGAAUUUGAAGAAGAUGGUAUAGACUACGCCAUGCUGUCUGAAGAUGCUAACACUCCAGCACAAGUCUCCACUGGUCUAGACAAUGACCAGAACACAGCCUCAGCAGUUUGCAACCAUGAAACUGCUGACAGUUCGGAGGCCCCCCUGCCUUGUAGCUGCCCUGGGCAUGUGGUGGCAGUGCCUGUGGAGGCAGCUGUGCAGGCACUGGACAUGACGGAGGAAGGCAUCGCCACCUUGCUGUGCUACCUGGAACUGCACCAGAGGAAGUGGAUCGAGGUGCUCCAACCAAUCAGAGCCUUCUGCACCAUCCAGUUCUACGGGGGACCGGGGUUGCUACGGCAACUGGCGCGGACCAACCCCAUCAUCGCCGCGGCCGUCGCCAUGGGGAGGAAGAAGGGAGUCGACCACUCGACCAGCAACAGGUUAGAGUUCAAUGUGGUGGAGCUAGCAGACAGGAUGGGGUGGGACCUGGAGCCUGUACGGAGGGACAUCCGGGCACUCAAGUGGAAGAGGACAAACACAGGAGGUUACCAGCGGACGGGCCUGCUGGCGGAGUUUACGGACGUGUCGUUCCUGCUGCGGGCGCCGGGCGACCUGACGGACGAUCAGCUGGAGGAGGUGUCGGAUUUCCUGUACGGUCGGGUGGAGUCUCAGGAGCGGACGGAGCUCAGGCAGCUCAAGGCAGUCUUCCAGGCGCUGACAGACGUGUCGCAUGACGAGUUCUGGCACUGUGCGGAAGAAGUGGACCAAGGUCGGAGCGAGCAGCUCAAGGUCACCCUGAGGGAGUACUUCGAGAAGGAGCCGACACUUAACGUUUCUUCAGACAGCUGUGGGGAGGAGGAGGAGGAACAGGUGCCGCUGAAGAACGAGGGCCAGGUGCGUGCGGACAUUUGCAGCUUCGUGUGUCUGCACCACGAUAGGAACUUCACCGGUCGAGCCAUCGCUCGCAUCUUCCACGGGAUCACCAGCCCCUGCUACCCAGCACAGGUGUGGGGGCGUGAUCGACGGUACUGGCGCAGCCACCUGGAUGUGGACUUCAACCAGCUGCGGAGGCUGGCAGUGGAGGAACUGGUCAGGAUCAGGAUGUGAGGAUGUCACUUGAAGAUGUGUCACGUCUUAAAGGAUGGGGGAGCUCACUGAAGAUCUGAUCAUCUUAAAGUGGAGGAACUGGUCAGGAUCAGGAUGUGAGGAACCUGAAGAUGUCUUUAGUGAUGUGAUAACUUACCUCGUUUUAGAUAAGAUGGGAGAUAUAGGCCGGGCCUUGUCUUUAAGAUGGGAGAACUUGCCUUAAGGAGGCUGGCAGUGGAGGAACUGGUCAGAAUCCGGAUGUGAGGAUGUCACUUGAAGAUGUGUCAUGUCUUAAAGGAUGGGAGAGCUUACUGAAGAUCUGAUUAUCUUAAA